AACUCUGCACAAUAACUCAACUCCUAUCAAAAAAAAAAAAAAAACUCUGCGCAAUAACCGCUAGUCCAUGUGCUUUCUCCACCCUUCUCUUUCUUUAAAUACACAAGGACAUAUUUGCUUUGCCCUCUCUCUCUCUCUCUGUCUCUCUCUCUUUGUUUCUUUCAUCUGUAUCAUGGGAAAUUGCUUAAGUAAUAAGAGCUUAGCACAAGAAGAAGAGGUGCCAAAGGAAGCAGAAGUGGUUGAACAAACAAAGCCGUCUACAGCAUCCAAGUUAGAGCCAGUGAAGCUUGUUGAUGGGGGUCACAAGAAGAAGAAGAAGGUGGUAAGGUUCAAGCUCGAAGAAGAUGAUACUAAUGUCGGUACAAGCAGUGAAGGUGAUUCUAGAAGUGGGGUUGUGAGGAUUAGAGUGGUGGUGACCCAGAAAGAGUUGAAACAAAUUUUGGAUUGUAAGGAAGGCUUAAAGUAUUCUUCUGUGGAGCAAUUGGUAAAUGCAUUGAACUUGAGAGGAAGGAAGAUUUCUGAAGUUAGAACAAGUGAUGAAGAUGAAGGCAUAAAUAGCAAUUGGAGGCCAGCUUUGGAGAGCAUUCCAGAGGACCAUUGACGAGCAAGAUUAGUGUUUGUUAAUUGCUAACAAUUAGUACUCUCUCUCCCUCUCUCUCAAUCCCCCUUUCUCUCACCUAGUGAGUUGUAAACAAUCUUCAUUGUAUGUAUCAUUGUACUAGUUUGGAGUCAGUACCAUAUCAAUGUAAUUGUAUGGAGUCACUACUAAUUGGAAUUUUGCGGAUCAUUAAAUGUUCCGUGUUCUAUCCUAGCAAAUGGCAUGAUUAGAUAAUCUCAGACAUUAUAUAUAUUACAAUUGUGCUGUGUGAUUUGUU